GACUCAGAACAAAAGUCAUCAAAUGAAGAGGAGGAAACAGAACCUGAUGACGGGUCUUCUACUGCCACCAGUGAAGAGGAAGUGAAGGAAACUGCAAGUGCAAAAUCAGAAGAAAGUAAGAAGGAAUACUCUACAACAGAAGGAAAGGGUAUCACUAGGAAAAGAAAGCAAAAGGAAGCUAAGGAUGAAUCAGAUACUGGUUGUGGGGGUGGGGACCAAGGGCGUGUAAUAAAAAAGCACAGAGAGAGGAGUAAUAGUCCGACAGCCAGAGGUAGCUCACAAGAGGGCAGUCUAGAACAACCAGGCUUCAAGGGGAAGAGAAAGGUAAAGGGAAAAGGGAAAGGGGUUAGGAUUUGUAAAAAGGGAGAAAGCUCAAGUUCCACUGAGACAGAUGGCUCUUCACCUGAAUGCCAUUAUAACAUCUCUGAGACUGAAAGUAAGGGUCUUAGAAAUAUUUUCAAGCGUUUCUUUGGCAGACUCUGCUUUAAAAUGAAAGAUCCAGUUGAACUAGCAACACAUCUUCAGAUUAAGAAUCUCAUACUAUACUCAGCAAUGAAUAAGCUACUGAUAUCUCCUGAAUCACAGCAGGCAAAGGCUAUCACUUUAGUGAGAGCUCUUCAGAAACAAAUAAAGUAUCGUCCUGACCGAUUAUUCACUAUUGUUGAGGUUUUUCUGCAGAAUGCAGCCCUGAAAGAACCUGGCAAGGAAAUGUUGCAGGAAAUAGCUAAUGAUUAUCUGUAGGAAAGGUUUGCCCUGAGAGAACAGCCUUUUUGUUUGGCAGUGAACAACCUCCUUCUGAUAGACAGGUGGAAAUUCCUGGGAGUGAAAGUAAGACAACGAUUCAUAGAGAAAUAAGUGGCACACCUUUAUCCUGCAAUCCUAGUCCUGCAUUUUCAUUUGAGACUGGAAGUGAAGUGGCGGCAAAAGGUAUUUCGAAACAUGCGGCUAUUGCAAGUGUAGCUGAUGGCAUAUCACCAUCUCAGGAAGUAAGUCAGUCAGUACCACAGUCAGGUGUAAGUCCAGUGUUGACAGAGUAUAAGCAGUAUUUGCAAUCUUGUUACAAAGCUAGAGUCCUAGCUCCAGCAGACAAGUACCUUCCAACCCUAGAGGCUCCCUACAUUAAUCUUGCCAUGAUUAGAAGGGGGCACUACAAUCCUGAGCAAAGAGACGAGUUUACCAGGAGAACACUGCAUGGAGGAGUAGACCAGAUUCUUCAGAGCAAGACACCUAUCAACAUUGAAGACCUGGUGACUCCAGAACACAGUGGUAGGCCAG